AGGGAUCGGGAUUGGAUCGCAGCGAUCACGCCGUGGUAGCAAUGUGGGCCGCAUAACGUGGACAAGUGGGCGGCGACAGCGGACCGUAUUAAUGGGGCGCGCACGAAUUACGCAACCGAAUCGCAUGAUCUCACACAGAUCUCUCGCCGAUUGCCCUCGCGGUUAAUCGUCGACACGCGCCAUACAUCCACGCACACGCGUAAACGCGAGUGUGUGGUCGAAAUAUGAAACGGACUUCAGGAAGCGGUCCGUCUUGGUCAAUGUAUUCAAGUAUACACUCAUUUUAAGUACAAGAAGAGAGAAUCAAAACAGAAAAAGACAUCAUGGGUACAUUAAGAUAUUAUUACAAGCUCAAGGAAUCCAUUUAAAAGAAGACCAAGGAGAAGAAGCAAUAUUAACAUCUUAAUUUUAAUCAGAGAAGUGUAAAGAUAGUCAUUAAAACUGAAAAAUAUAUUUAAAAAUGAAAAAGAUUAAGAAAAUAAAAUAAAAUAAUGUUGGAAUAAAAAAUACAGAUUAUAUCGAAGAAAGACAAUUAUGUUAAGGAGAAAAAUUUCGAAGGAUUAAAGAAGAUUAAAGAAGACACAGAGAAAAGGAACUGUGCUCAUAUAAAUAUAGUAAGGAUUUGAAUUUCAAGCUAUUAGAUUUAAUAUGAUGCGUCUACUGUGACAUUUCUCGGAUGAAUCUUAGUAGACUCGCGGGGAGAAAGGAGAACCGAUAACGAUGACGACGAAUGAUGAUUUCGACGACGACGUAAGCGACAUUUACAGUCGCUUCGUCAGUGCGCAGCGAAUACUCGCGACGCGUGCACGUCGUCCCGGUGUCGAACGCGUAUCCCUUCUGGGAAACGUGCGAUUUUGUCGAAGGGAUGUGUGGAAGACUUGACAUUUAUUUAUUCGAAAGUUUGCGCGACCACUAUUUAGCUUCCUCUUGUUAGAUUAAUUAGGAAACGUCGUGCGCGGAUACGUCGAUUGCAUCACUGGAAUUUACCACUGAAGAGACAAAGGACUCGGAGAAUAAUAAAGAAAAGCAAUUUACACGCGAAUAAACUAUUUCUUUGCAGAAUUAAUUGAUAAUUGGCGAUGAACGCUUGAUUCUACAUCAUAAUUUCGAUUCUUGCGGCGCAACAUCUUGCCUUUUAACUGAACAUCGACGCGGAAGAAGAUUUUCUCUUGGAAGUCUACGGUUGUUUUGGCAGUUUUUAUAUGCCCGUCCACGAACUCGUAUAUUUUUUCUGGCGCCGGAUCUGAAAGGCCUUCGAGGAGGUCUCCUGUCUUUCCUCGAAAACUGAAGUUUGUGAUAGAAAUCGUGCAGAUGGUGUCUUCUUUUAGUGCACGGUGUGUGCAACACGUGUGAAAUAAAAUUUAUAUAAAUUUAUACAUAUAAAAAAAAAGAAAAAUAAUUCCGGGCCUAAAUAAUUGACGUGCGUUUUUGUUACUUAGGUGGAGAGUUGUUGCUCGAUGCAGCUUGGAUUGAUAAUCUACAGUGACUAUUAAGGAAUAACGAAUACAAAUACGAGUUCGCGAGGAAGACAGAAGUUAAACGACGGAAAGGAAGGAUUGUCAGGCGAAAUAAAAGCGACCGAUAAUGCGACCGUCGUUGUGCCGUUGAUAAGAGACGAACCGUUGAACUUUACCGGGAAGAGUGAGGAUGUAGCCGUCGUUUCGAUGAUAACUCAAUGUUAUUAGUAACAUUAACCCUGAAAAUCGCUCGUCCGUCCAUCCGGGCGAUAUUUAAUCGCAAUUACAAAUUUAAAUUGCAAAUGGAUUAAGAUACAAAAGCGAACGAUAGUUGUAACAUUGCACCUCUUCGAGGCGCGCGGAAGAUAAGAUUUUCUUCGCGGAAGAAAUUCAACUCCCAGAGCGACGGUGUGAUCUUUCUCAAAGGCGCGUUUUGCGCCCGUGUUUGCGCACGAAGCAAUAAUAAUCUGACCGCGGCGUGACGCGUUAAGGAAGAGAUGAAAACCAGAGAGAUGCGAUCAACGAAAUCUGCGACGGCAGCAUGCGGAACUGCGGGAAGGAAAGCGAUUUAGUACGGGGAAGGCGAUGACGCUUCCUCGAGAUCGUAUUUUAGGAACACCGUUCCUUAAGAACGCCGUUGAUCUUUUUCUCACUCUUCUCGAGUCAUUCGCGUCGCCCGCGUCCGCAUGACACUUGACACGCCAAUUGCCCGUCCGCUGCAAUGAUUCGCACCGCUCUAGAUUGUCCUCGUUUUCGAAUGAGGGAAGACGCGCCAAAAGAACUACGGAGCUUCCUCCGUUCUUCGAUCUAGUGAAGUUUCUCCAGUAUUUUCACAAUAAGCUCUUUCUCAGUUCUCUUCGAAAUUAAUUUAGAACAGAAUGUGUAUUAUCUUAUAUAUAACGUAAAUCUACGAGUGCGUUAUGGAAAGAAGCGAGAUAUGAGAAUGUGCUUUGAGCUAACAAGGAUGCGCUCUGCUCAAGGGUGGGCGGUGUAUCGGAGGUCGUUUCCUGAAUCGCUAUGUCCGACGUGAUUAGAUGUUCCGUGUUGUGGUGUGAUUCAAUGUGCUUCGUCAUAAAGAAUCGCUGCAACGAAAUAUAUCUGCCAAUUUUUCUUUCGACACUGCCAGCGCGAAAUAAAAUCCAGUAUCACAAGAACUGGAGAGAUAUUUUUAAUUCUAUUGCCACAUUUUCUUAUUUCUCAAUUAAUGAUUGUGAAUGAUUAUUGCGACGAACCGUAUAACGUUCCGCAAAUUUUUUGGAAUAUUUUUCGCUUUUUUUAUUGAACUUGAAGUUUAUUUCAAAGAGAAAAAAGAACUUUUGCCGUCCUUAUUACAGCAUCUGGAAUAUUGCCAGUAAUCUUUGUUUAUCGUUAAAUUUUUUACGCACUUAGGAGUUGUGCCGUUUUAAGUUUACUUAUGCAGAUCGCCAGCUCAUUUCGUGGCGUUUGUCGGCGGCAUAUGAAGAAUCUGAGAUGCGAAAUUUGUCGUUGAUGAAUCAAAAUUUCGUCGUGGAAGAAGUGCUGCCGCUGUUGGAAAGGGAAAACAAAUCUCGGAAGAGGGAAACGCAGAGAGAAGAAAACGAAGAAGUGAGAGGAGGUCGAUCAAGCGGAAGAGGAAGAGGAACGUGUGGGCGGAAGGGAACGUAAGAGGAAGAGGAAUGACGAGAAGGGUCCGAUGUCUCUGGGAAGAUUGAGCGAGGAGCGCGGAGAGGAGGAGGCUGCUGGACCACUAAUAGUAUGCGUGCCGGAAAAAGUGCAACGUCCUCUUUUGGAGGCGCGAUACUGGCGGUGCAGGAAUUAAGACGGCACGGCAACCUCCACGAUCUCAAGAUUCGUCUUGCAACCAUUGCUGCUAGUUUGGAGCGCUGCGAAGAGUAAAGGAAGAAAAAGAAUUUUAUUACAUGCACUCUUCUUCUAUUAUAUAUGCACUGCGAGAUAAAAUUCGCUGAAGAAAAAUAGAAAGGAAAGACACGAAGAAACGACAAAGAAAAAGGAGAGACGAUAGAUACGAAAGAGAAUUAUUAUAAGUUCUGAGAAGACAGUAGCGGAAGAAAGUAUCGAGAGAGGGGAGGAAGAAAGAGAGAAUGUGAUCUGGCUUUUUGCAGUCGUCCGGCUGUCGCGAACCAUGCAAUGCAAUUACCAUGUGGACGCAAUGCGACAAAGUUGCGCUAAUUAAUCUUAAUAGUCUAUAAAGACGAAUAGUCUGAUCUUUAGUUCACUUGCUCUUUUUCGAUGUUCUUUAUCGGUAGAUGUUGGAAAACACUACGAGCGACUUUUGAGUCUGGAUUUAUCGCUUGACACGACCCGUUGGAAUUUAGCGCGCGACAUACGUAUUAUUCUAUUUACUAUCCGGACGCGAUAGUAACAGUUAAAUUUCGUGUUCGAUGUUGUGUUCAUUUAUUACCGGCGUUGAUACCGCGAAAAAGACGUUUUUUCGAAACGACCGAUCGAUAGCCGCGAUAAUUCGGUGGGUCACCACGUUGUGUUCGUCCUACUUUUUACACCAAACACUGCCAUAUAAGUACCCACUGCCUGCCGGCGCGUAUUACUUUAUGUUACACGAUAUAAUCCGAGCCGCAGUAUCGUCUUUCGAUAUGUCGUUCGCCGUAGACUGCCUGAAUUUCGCGCUUCUCUACAUCUGCACGCGCGUGUUCCAUCUCGCGCUUGGUAUCAGCGCUCAGUAUUAUAAGGCUCAAUUGGACGCGCAUUUAAAGCUUCAUGGAGAAAAGUGGGCGAGUGAGGAUGUGCGACAAUGUAAAUUAUGCAAAAAACAAUUCGUGCAACCUGCACUCUACCGAAUGCACAUUCGCGAGCACUAUAGGCAACAGACGAAGAUUGUAAAACAAACCAAGAGGGGAACGAAACAUAAAACAAUGUACAAAUGCACCAUAUGCCUGAAGAUUUUUCAAAAACCGAGCCAAUUAAUGCGACAUAUCAGAGUACACACUGGAGAAAAGCCCUUUAAGUGUACUAUCUGCAACAGAGCAUUUACGCAGAAAAGUUCGUUAAAAAUCCAUACGAGGCAACACAAGGGCAUUCGGCCGCAUACAUGUAAUCUCUGUAACGCCAAGUUUAGUCAGAAAGGGAAUCUAAAAGCGCAUAUACUUAGAGUACACAAUGCACCAGAAGGUGAGCCCACGUAUGCAUGCUCCUACUGUUCUUGCAUCUUUAAGAAGCUAGGCAGUUUAAACGGACAUAUAAAGCGAAUGCAUUCCAUUUCUUCAGAGGAAUCUGCCGCCAAGUCGUCAGAAGCCAAUCUUGAUAUCUCGUCGGAUGCUGAUAUGCGCGCGACCGUCGACAGUGUUAUAUCGCAAUUGGCAUCUUUGGAAUCCGUUGUGAAUAAUACCGCAGAUUCUACGAAAACCACGACCCUGAGUACGGAGCAGAAUGAUAUUCUGCAACAAGCGUUGAAAAACAGCGGUUUGCCGAACAAAAACGAGGUCUCUUCGAAAGAAACCGCAGAAUCGAAGAAAAGUGAUUCGCCAACGUCGUACGUCACGCUAUUGGACAGAACCGCCGGCGGUACUUCGAGGAAGUAUCUCACUAUAAAACAACGCUGCGUAGGAAACGUACGAUGGUACGCAUGUUUGUUCUGCCCAAAAGAAUUCAAAAAACCGUCGGACUUGAUACGCCAUUUGCGCGUACAUACUCAAGAGAAGCCUUUCAAGUGUAUGUAUUGUGUGCGUUCUUUCGCGCUAAAAUCGACAAUGAUAGCGCACGAGCGAACUCAUACCGGAGUGAAGAAAUACGCUUGCGAUUCCUGCGACAAAACCUUUGCGUGUCAUAGUAGCCUUACCGCUCAUACGAGAUUACACACGAAACCGCACAAAUGUAACAUAUGCGACAAGUCAUUUAGUGCGAGCACCAUCCUGAAGAAUCACAUAAAGAGUCACAUGCGGGAGAAGCCCAAGAUAUCGCCGGAAGCGGAGAGUCUGGUGCCGCAAGUGGUGCUGCAAGAACCGCUCGUCAUCAGCGAUGUCGGUAAUCAAAUCAGCGUGGCGCAGGUGCAAUCAAAACAGAAACACUUGUAUGAAAAUGUCAAUGGCGUGGCUAGGCCGCACAAAUGUUUGGUCUGUCACGCGGCGUUCAGAAAAGUUAGCCACUUGAAGCAACAUUAUCGUAGGCAUACGGGCGAGCGUCCUUAUAAGUGUUCCAAGUGCGACAGGAGAUUUACAUCAAACAGUGUCCUGAAGUCUCACUUACAUACGCAUGACGACGCAAGGCCAUACAGUUGUUCGUUAUGUGACACGAAAUUCUCCACGCAGAGCAGCAUGAAAAGGCACAUGGUCACUCAUAGCAAUAAAAGGCCGUAUAUGUGUCCGUAUUGCCAAAAAACAUUUAAGACGUAUGUUAAUUGUCGGAAACAUAUGAAAAGGCACAAGCAUGAGCUUGCACAACGGCAAUUGGAGGAACAAAAGACGCAGAAUCAGAAGGAGCUGCAGCCUUUAAGUGAAAAUAAAGAACCUACCUCGACAUUGUCGAAGAACCUCACUUUGGCCGAGAAUAUGAUAUUCCAACCGCAAAUGGCACCAGAUCUUACACAGGAUUUCUCCGAUCAGUUUCAAAAUAUCAAUGCGGAGAAAGAGAAAUCCUUUUCUCUUUCUCUGUCGGACAACGGAACGUCAUCGAUAGGGAAUCAAAACUUAUCUAUUGACACAACUAAUUUAGGAACAUCGCAAACUCUGCACGCCGAUGAAACCGGUACUAUUACGUUAUCUCAUUACACAGGGGAUCAAACUCUUACGCCGGAAAGUAUACGAGAGAUCGAAGAGCUGUUUAAUAUUGGCGUGAAUCUCGGACUGGGAGCGAAUCUACCAAGGCAAAUGGAUGAAACAAACGCGAGUCCUCUCGACAAUUCUAGGGAACAACCAGUGCUCAAUAUUAUAUAUGAACAUAACAAGACUUUGGAAUCGUCAGGCAACACUAUAUUUAUGUCGCAAUUUGAUUCGUUCGAUAUGAACCAGAUUUCAUUGCAGACGGAUAACGAUUUAGACAUCAGUCUGAAUCCGAGCAAUUCCACGAGUAUGUCCAAUAUUUUGCCGAGAUCCGUGGGAAGCAACGAGCAAGAGGAGCGACAAGCUGCUUCAGUUACUACCGUUAGCAAUAUAGACGCUUCUCAAAUUACGAGAAACACUCAUCUAGUGGUGAUAAAUCCUAAGGAGAAUUGCUCUGAAUUAGUGAGACUUUCACAAGUAUGCCCGCCAAAAUAUUCGAAAGUCAUCGCGAAGGCGGACACCACGAAUGAAUCGGAGAUACAUGGCGUGAAUGAGCACGAAAAAGCAUCGCAGAAAAGUAACGCUGUGUCGUGCGACAACGGAAGAAAUUCUUUAUUCAUGAAAAAUUUCCAAACUACAAUGCAGUCGGAGACGCUUGUUUCUCCCGGUAUGGACAGCUCGGUCAAAAUAUCGGAGUGUAACACUUUAUUACAGUGUCACAUGUGCGGCAAUCAAGGUUUCACGACAGAAAGAUUGAAGGAACACUUGAAAUCUCAUCGCGGUGCUAAAGAGUUUGAGUGUUCGGAGUGUUCCCAGCGAUUCUGCACCAACGGCGGUCUCAGCAGGCAUAUGAAGAUGCACACAAACAAACAAAGAUGGAAAUGUACGACCUGUCAAAAGAUAAUGGGCAGCAAACUGCAAUUGAAAGUUCACAACAAAAUGCAUACCGAGACUUGGAACGUUUUGCCCAUGGAACCGGACAGCUCUCAGAAAGAAAGUUCUCUUAUUUCCUCGAGCUCGGGUCUACCGGCGAUAACAACGCUAGAUGUCCAGGUAGUUCCGAACCCGUCAGUUUCCGAGAAGGUUUUGAUGGCCGCAGUCGCCGAAAGAAAAAGCAUGGAUCGUUUUAAUGAGAAUGUGGAGAAGAAAGAGACAAGAGAGUACACUAAUAAAUGCAAGUACUGUCCGAAGACUUUCCGCAAACCAAGCGAUCUCAUCAGGCACAUUCGCACGCAUACGGGCGAACGGCCGUACAAGUGCGACCACUGCAACAAGAGCUUCGCGGUUAAGUGCACUUUGGAUUCGCAUAUGAAGGUUCACACGGGCAAGAAGACAUUCUGCUGCCAUGUUUGCAGCAGCAUGUUUGCUACGAAAGGCAGUUUGAAAGUCCACAUGCGAUUGCAUACAGGUUCAAAACCGUUUAAGUGUCCCGUGUGCGAUCUUCGAUUCCGUACUUCAGGUCACAAGAAGGUACAUAUGUUAAAGCACGCAAGAGAGCAUAAGGGUGGCACGAAACGCAAGCCGAAACACUCGAAAAUUGCUGCAGUGGCGGAAGCGGCAGCCAGCCUCGAAAAAAUCGGCAGUACUCUGGACAAUGCAUCGAUGACAGCGACGACGACCACUACAGCCCUAAUCAACAAUGAGACCGUGCCAUCGCAGAAUCUGGAUUAUUCCACAUUGGAACAAACAGUAAAUCUCGAUACUACAGUUCACCUGCCGAAUCAACUCGCGUGCAACCACGCUGACGCGACAACGAUUCUUAACAAUAAUUCAAUAUUAUCCGUGAACGAGAAUAACGAGCUGGUAGCGAAUCUACAGUUCCUGUUGGCGAACGGUCUCGUCACCAUUCAAACGGAUGACACCUUGUUGACACAGCCAGCGACAAACGAUGCCACCAGUGCCGGAAUGCCAACUAACGUGAUCGAGUUGAUCAAUCCAGAUCCUUUUCAGGAGGCUUGCAACUUGGGCAAUACCAAUCAUGUGGUGAUAACCAGCCAGGUACCGACGGAGACAACUACCGCGGACAUGAGCAAUGCGACAAUAAUUCAGAUGAAUGAUUGUAUGCCUCCUGUGCCCCUGGUACAGAUGCAGACUCAAGAUACAAGCAGCGUUAGCAUGUCUGAAAUGAGGACGAGCAAUCAAACGACAAUGACGACAUCAACAACAACGUCAAAAGCUUCGCAGCCUUCAAGAAAGGAGUGUGAUGUGUGCGGCAAAACGUUUAUGAAACCCUAUCAAUUGGAACGACACAAGCGCAUUCAUACAGGGGAACGGCCGUACAAGUGUGAACAAUGCGGCAAAUCAUUCGCGCAGAGGUUUACGCUGCAUCUGCACCAAAAGCACCACACCGGCGACCGGCCGUACUCUUGCCCACACUGCAAGCACCUGUUCACGCAGAAGUGCAACCUACAAACGCAUCUGAAACGUGUCCACCAACUGGUCAUGCUCGACGUGAAGAAGCUGAAGAGUGGCCAACAGAUGCUGGGCGCGCUUCUGCAGGACAAUCAAAGCAGUGAUACCAAGUUACUAAAUCUGGAUGAUAUACUAGUUGUAGAUUUUCUCAAGUAA